UUGACGAACAUUACCUCCAACGUACAAAGAAGACACCCGCCGCCUGGAGACAGAACCCUAUCUCGCGCUCUCUCUCUCUCUCUCAGUUUCCUUGCACAGCACAGACAUGGUGAAGCACUACAGGCCUCCCGGGAAGAAAAAGGAAGGUAAUGCUGCAAGGUACAUCACCAGGUCACAAGCCGUCAAGCAACUUCAAGUCAGUCUACCCCUCUUCAGGAAACUAUGUAUUCUCAAGGGGAUAUUCCCAAGGGAGCCAAAGAAAAAGACCAAAGGGAAUCACCAUACUUAUUAUCACUUAAAGGAUGUUUCAUUCAUCCAACAUGAACCAUUACUCGAGCGCUUAAGAGAGAUCAGGGCUUAUCAACACAAAAUAAAGAAAGCCGAGGCCAAGAAGAACCGGGAUCGUGCUACUCUUCUCACACAAAGAAGACCUUCUUACAAAUUAGAUAAAAUUGUUUUGCAGAGGUAUCCGAAAUUCCUUGAUGCUCUUAGAGAUUUGGAUGACUGUCUCACAAUGGUUCACCUCUUUGCUGCCUUACCUGCUAUUGAGGGCCGUAUCGAAGUGAAACGCAUCCAUAACUGUCGGAGGUUGGCUCAUGAAUGGCAAGCUUACAUAUCUCGUACUCAUAGAUUGCGUAAAGUCUUUGUGUCUGUUAAAGGCAUAUAUUAUCAGGCUGAGGUUAAAGGGCAAGAGGUCACAUGGCUGGCUCCUCACCCUUUGCAGCAAGUUUUGACUGAUGAUAUUGACUUCAAUAUCAUGCUAAACUUUUUGGAGUUUUACGAGGCACUUCUUGCCUUUGCGAAUUGUCAUUUAUAUCAUUCCAUAAAUGUGAGGUAUCCACCCAUUCUUGAUCCUCGAUUGGAAGCUGUAGCAGCAGAUCUUUAUGCUCUAUCAAGGUACUUUGAUGCAAACUCUCAAUCCUCUGCGUGGGAUAGCCAAACUCCAAGUUUGUCUGGAUCUGGGAAAGUUGAGAGCCAGCAGAUUGGACCUUCGAUUGAUGAGUCUGAACUAAGACUUGCACAACUGCAGCAUCAACUCCCCUCAAAUGAACCUGGUGUAUUGAUGCACCUUGUUGGGGAUGUUCUGGGUGAGGAUAAAGAGGAUAACGAUGCGAGGGAGUGCACGAAACUCUUCAAAGAUAUGAAAUUUUUCUUGAACCGUGAGGUUUACAGAGAGUCUUUGCUUUUUAUCAUACCAGCUUUUGGUGGAAUUGUUUCCUGGCAAGGAGAUGGGGCUCCUUUUGAGGAAGAUGAUGCCAGCAUCACCCAUCAGAUUAUUGACAGGCCAAGGCAUGAUGGAAAGAUCUGUGGUAGACAAUAUGUUCAGCCACAGUGGGUCUAUGAUUGUGUAAAUGCUCGGAUCAUUUUACCAACUGGGGAUUAUUUGGUGGGAAGGGAUCUUCCUCCACACUUGUCACCUUUUGAUGACAAUGACUAUUUCGAGAUCACUGAACGAGGGAAGGCUGCUGGCAUAAAUGAAGUCCUGCCACUGCCUGGAAUGGAAAGAGAAGACUUGGAAGAUCCUCUGAAGUUACUGGCCGAAGGUGUUAUUAACCGAGCAGAAGCAGAAGCUGCAAAGGAAAAGCGGAAGAAGAUGAAGGCUCAUGAGAAGCAGUAUCAUCAUGAAUUAAUUAUGGAAAUUCAGGGUGUCACACAUUCAUCAUCUAUCUCGAAUAUAGAUAAUCUGAGCGCUGAUAGGGAAGAACCUCAUCAUGAUUAUGAGCAAGUUGACGAGGAUAACAGAAUUAUGUCUGAACUUGAAUGGUCACGUUCGUUCAAGGGGCGUAUUAAAGCCAUGAGGAUAAGCAGGCAACGAAAGAAGCAGUGUGCUGAUGUUAUCAGGCAACGGAGGAAAAUCUUAGAAGAACAUGAAGUCUGAAGUUGGACCAGUUGAAAAGAAUGUAUCUUGCAGACACGUCUUUUAGGAAUUUCUCGAGAUUAAGAGCCCUAUGGUUAAAUUUGGCAGUCCUGAAGUUUAUAUAUAUAACUAUCUAGAAAUUGCUUGAAAUGUUCCUUUAUUUAUAGAUUCACUCAUCUACUUAUAACCACUAAGCGGUUUUGCUAGAAACUUAUUUAUUAAUAAGAAUUCAAGUUAAUGGCUUAGCUAGCGAGAAACAAUUGUGUGUAACGGGGAUAGCCGUUUCACGCAAGCUAGCCAAACAUAUAAUGAGACAUUGGAAGUGCCUCUGGACCAGGCUUCCCCAUAACCUAUUCUUUGCGAAUUAAUAAAUGAUUGAAGAAGAAGAAGAAGGAGAAGACA